AUAGAGUGGACUAUACGACUAGUAGAUGGUAGUAGAUAUAACGAGGGUCGAGUAGAGAUAUAUUACAAUGAAACGUGGGGUACAAUCUGUGAUGACGGCUGGUCCACAGAGGAUGCUGAUGUUGUUUGUAGACAGCUAGGAUUUAGAAGUGUUGCUAAAAAGGGGGCGUAUUUCGGAGAAGGCCAAGGAACUAUCUGGUUGAGAGAUUUAGCUUGCGAUGGUACAGAAUCUUCCCUAGAAUCCUGUACCAAGUCGGAGUGGAAUGACACAGCUAGUUGUCAACAUUUCGAGGACGUCGGGGUCAUCUGUCAGCCCAAGGCACCGGAUGUAAGACUGGUUGAUGGAAUAAAACCAACAGAAGGAAGGGUAGAGUAUUUAUAUAAUGGUACAUGGGGAACCAUGUGUGAAUUUUCCAACUGGAGGAUCGAGAACGCACAAGUUGUUUGUCGGCAACUUGGACUCAAUCCUGAAGGCGCUGUUGUGAGAGGUCCAGCUUAUUUCGGAGAAGGAAAGGGGUCGAUAUGGUUCUCAAGAGUAGAGUGUACCGGAAGUGAAUCCAGCCUGGCUGACUGCCCACAUAGGGGUUGGAAUAAACCGGACUGCGACCACUCUGAAGAUGUAGCGGUGUCAUGUGCUGUAAUGAGAUUAGUCGGUGGUGAAAAGACUAAUGAAGGUUUGGUAGAAAUCUGGUACAAUAAUACCUGGUCGGAAAUCUGUGCUGGUUCUUUUGGUCAGACGGAAGCUGAAAUUGUUUGCCACCAUCUUGGAUACAACAGUACUGUGAUACCAAGUCUAAGUUUUGAUGAAACCCAGGAUGAAGUGCGGAUUAAGGAUGUGAAGUGUACGGGAUCGGAACCCAUGCUACAAAAAUGUAACCUCGGGCUACUGGCAAUUACAGGAACCUGUCCAACUACAAACUACGCAGCUGUUAGGUGUGCACGUGAGUUUAGAGAGUUUUCCAAACCUCCUACAGUACGACUUGUUGGUGGUAUCCAGCCGUAUGAAGGUCGGAUAGAGGUGAACUAUAAUGGCGUCUGGGGUACAGUCUGUGAUGACUAUUGGGACAGAUCAGAUGCAGCCGUAGUUUGUAGACAACUUGGUUUUAAUCCAAACGGGGCUGAAGUGAGGGAUUAUUCUCACUAUGGUGAAGGAACUGGUCCAGUGUGGUUAAACAGAGUGGAAUGUACAGGUCGAGAGGAUCGGAUUGAAGAUUGUCAGCUAGGCGGAUGGGGUUCAUCACAGUUCUCUUGUGAACAUGUUGAAGACGCUGCUGUUAUUUGUCACCCUCUGAUCCAGCUGGUAGGAAGUAAAGUUGAAUAUGAAGGUCGAGUUGAAGUCUGGUAUAAUGAAUCCUGGACUGGUAUCUGUGAUGAGAACUGGGGUGUGAACGAAGCAGACGUCGUCUGUCGCCAUCUUGGAUUUAAUUCUGAAGGAGCUAAGUCAACCGAUGGUGGUUAUUCUAGUGAAGCAACAGGUCCUAUUUGGUUGAAUGAUGUGCGCUGUAUCGGUAGUGAAAAGACGGUUGAUGACUGUUCCCACGCUGGUUGGAGAGAACAUGCUGGGUGUGAUCAUACAGAUGAUGUAGCUGUCACCUGCCAAGGUGUUCCGAAUGAAGUACGGCUAGUUGGUGGAAACAGUUCUCACCAGGGACGAGCGGAGUAUUUCCAUAAUGGUGAAUGGGGAACUAUUUGUGGUGACAUGUUUGGAAACACGGAAGCUUCCGUUGUCUGCAGACAGCUCGGUCUCAACCCACAAGGUGCUCGCUAUGAAUUAAAUGCCUUCUUUGGUGAGGGAACAGGUCGGAUAUGGUUGGAUGAUCUACACUGUACCGGCACUGAGGAUCACUUAGCUGAUUGUCUUCAUGCAGACUGGGGUGUACAUAACUGUAGGCAUAGAGAAGAUGUCUCUGUUAUAUGCAUAGGUAGGAUAUAG